AUGUGUGGUUCAGAUAUCUUCCUGGGCAUUCUUGCCAUCUUCUUCCCCCCCGUGUCUGUAUGGAUCAAAGUAGGCAUCUGCACCGCAGACUCGAUUAUUAACCUCGCUCUUUGCUGCCUCGGCUACGUGCCAGGGCUGCUACACGCCUGGUACAUCAUCCUCAAACACCCCGAGCCGGAUUAUGACGACCCAAGCUACGAGCCCGUCCCUGGGGAUCCCGAUCGGGGCAGGGACGUGGAAGGCGGUCGCGUGACAUACUACUACGUUUCGCACCAACCGGGCCAACAACCCCCUCCCAGAGCCUACGGUACGCUGGGAUCACAAAAUUCAGCCCAAGACGGUCGCCAGGCCGCUCCUAAGCCGCAGCACGGCCAUGUCGCCGAGGCUGGAAGUAGCAGCCAGUCGCAGGAUGAUUCUCGGCCGCCACCGACAUAUGCGGAAGCCGUGAAGGGAGACAAUAAAAAACAUGAAGAAGCGCGGAGAUUCCGCCUGAGCAUCUUCCCUUUCCCGCCCGCCUUUCCCGAGCUGCGGAUCAACCAGCCGACGCCCGUUCAAUUCAACGAUCAACCCCAACCAAACCAAACCGACCCAGCAAUCUGGCCGGCUUCUUCGUGGCCUUCCAACCCGGCCAUGCAGUCCAUGCCAGUGCUGUUCCGACAGUCUCUCAGACACACGGUCAAUCUCACCAGACCUUCUGCCCCCGCCGUGCGAUCGCCGCUGCUGUCGACCGUUCGCCCGAAAGCUCUUCCCGUCGGCAAUACCCCCCGACGAAGCUUCUCGGUCUGUCUACAGUGCCAAUUCCGAAAACAGUCGGCUCUAUAUUCGUCCAGUGAGUCGGAUAAACUGAAAGAUGGGAAGCCGGCGGAUCAGUCGGUGAAUGCAGAGCUGGCAGAGGUGGUUCGUGACGGCAUCCUGAAGAGCGAGCUGGAUGCGGGGAGCAGCAGCAACAGCAGCAGCCUGGGAUCUCCCACCGCGACGGAGAGUACAAAGACACACCGACCUGAAUGGUCUGAACAAGGGGAGAGCCAUGCGGAUAAAGGGCAAAGCUCAGGAGGAGACGGUAGUCUCCCGUCGUAUCUGGAGAAUCGCAGAUCGCAGUUUGCGAAACAGUUCGGGACCAUGAUGGAUAACGUGCAGUCUAAUGUCUUCGUGGCAGGCCAGCGAUUGAACGAUUUGACUGGCUAUUCAUCAAUUGAAGCGUUGAAGAACGAGAUUCACAACCAAGAGGAACGCCUGCGCACCGCCCGCCUCCGAGUCCGCGAAACGAAAGAUGCCUACUCCGCCGCCAUCAACCGACGAUCGACCUCCCAGCGUGAAGUCAACGAGCUGCUCCAGCGCAAACACGCCUGGUCGCCCGCGGACCUGGAACGAUUCACCCACCUCUACCGGAACGACCACACCAACGAAGUCGCCGAGAACGAGGCCCAGGAGGCCUUGUCGGCGGCAGAGCGCGAGUCGGAAGAGGCCGCUGCACAGCUGAGCCGGUGCAUCCUCUCCCGAUACCACGAGGAACAGGUCUGGUCGGACAAGAUCCGUCGCAUGAGUACAUGGGGCACAUGGGGCCUGAUGGGCGUUAACGUGCUCCUGUUCCUCAUCUUCCAGAUCGCCGUCGAGCCUUGGCGCCGCAAGAGGCUGGUCAAGGGCUUCGAGGAGAAGGUCAUCGAGGCCAUCGAGAAAGAGAAGGUCUUGACGCAGACCCAGGUCCUUGGUCCUGCGAGUGUGGUGGCCCAACAGAGCCCUGUCCCUGUCCCUACUACCACUACCCCCGAGAGCGCCGAGGCAUCUCCCUCUACGACCACAUCUGCCACCUCCGAGCAGCCUGUCUCCAGUGUCAGCCCUGUCGAGCCCGCCGAAUCGACCCCGACAACAGCUACUACUACUCCCACCACGCCAACCGAACCCACUGCCACUCUCACUCCCUCCACCGAAUCCCCUGCCGCCUGGGACGAUACCAUCAAAACCCAAAUCUCGCGCCUCUCCUCCCCCCAAUCCGUCGAAUCCUGGCGCCAGUACUUCCAUGACCUCUUCAGCGACCGCAGCAUCACCAUCACGCAACGUGAUCUCUCGUCCGUGGCUCUGCAAAGCGCCGCAGCCGGCGCGGCUAUCAUGGGCCUUGUCAUUGCCUUGAUAAGACCGCGAUAA